AUGCCGGUUGUCGCAGGCCCCCCAGCAGGCCCUUCUACUUUUGAGAAGAUGAAAAUGGGUGCCCUCAUGGGAGGAACCGUGGGUGCUAUCAUGGGCUUCAUCAUAGGAACCGUUACCAUCUUCCAAGUCGGCGCCCCAAACGGUGUGAUGCGGACACUAGGCAAGUAUAUGGCUGGUUCAGGCGCAACGUUCGGUCUCUUUAUGUCCAUCGGCAGCGUCAUCCGCUCUGAAUCACCCUAUCACGAUGCCUGGAUCCGGGCUCGAGGACCCCCGAUGAUGCUUCCCCGACAGUAUCCCUCACGAUACAACCGCCAGUAG